UGGAGUUCUUACAAGAUGGCCGACAUUGACAACAAAGAACAGUCUGAACUUGAUCAAGAUUUGGAAGAUGUUGAAGAAGUAGAAGAAGAAGAAACGGGUGAAGAAACAAAAAUCAAAGCACGUCAGCUAACUGUUCAGAUGAUGCAAAAUCCUCAGAUUCUUGCAGCUCUUCAGGAAAGACUUGAUGGUCUGGUAGACACACCAACAGGAUACAUUGAAAGCUUGCCUAAGGUAGUCAAAAGACGAGUGAAUGCUCUCAAGAAUCUUCAGGUUAAAUGUGCACAGAUAGAAGCCAAAUUCUACGAGGAGGUUCAUGAUCUCGAGAGGAAGUAUGCUGUUCUCUAUCAGCCUUUAUUUGAUAAGCGAUUUGAGAUCAUUAAUGCAAUCUAUGAACCUACAGAAGAAGAAUGCGAGUGGAAACCAGAUGAGGAGGAUGAAGUUUCGGAGGAGCUGAAAGAAAAGGCCAAGAUUGAAGAUGAGAAAAAGGAUGAAGAAAAAGAAGACCCAAAAGGAAUUCCUGAAUUUUGGUUGACAGUGUUUAAGAAUGUUGAUUUGCUCAGUGACAUGGUUCAGGAACAUGAUGAACCUAUUCUGAAGCACUUGAAAGAUAUUAAAGUGAAGUUUUCGGAUGCUGGCCAGCCUAUGAGUUUUGUCUUAGAAUUUCACUUUGAACCCAAUGACUAUUUCACAAAUGAAGUGUUAACAAAGACUUACAGGAUGCGGUCAGAACCAGAUGAUUCUGACCCCUUUUCUUUUGACGGACCAGAGAUUAUGGGCUGUACAGGGUGCCAGAUAGAUUGGAAAAAAGGAAAGAAUGUUACUUUGAAAACCAUUAAGAAGAAGCAGAAACACAAGGGACGUGGGACAGUUCGUACUGUGACUAAAACAGUUUCCAAUGAUUCUUUCUUUAAUUUUUUUGCUCCUCCUGAAGUUCCUGAGAAUGGCGAUCUGGAUGAUGAUGCUGAGGCCAUACUUGCUGCAGACUUUGAAAUUGGUCACUUUUUACGCGAGCGCAUAAUCCCAAGAUCAGUGUUGUACUUCACUGGAGAAGCGAUCGAGGACGAUGACGAUGACUAUGAUGAAGAAGGUGAAGAAGCUGACGAGGAAGGGGAAGAAGAAGGAGAUGAGGAAAACGAUCCAGACUAUGACCCAAAGAAGGAUCAGAACCCAGCCGAGUGCAAGCAGCAGUGAGCAGUGACUGGCCUUGAGGACGGCCGCCCUGGCCUACCUUCUGCUUUCCUGGAAAAGAUGAAUAUACAUCAUUUGAACCCAUUUUGAGUUUUUCUGUUGUUUGUUUGCCUAAUUUUGUUUUUAUAGCCUAAAAUAAAAAUAUGACACAGUUUUAGCUCUCAUGGGAUGCUGUCUCGGUUUGUACUGAUUGAGGCCAUUGCAGAGGGUUAGUUGGAAUUCAGGGGUGCCUAGUUUUCUAUAUUGAACAACGCUGGAGGAGCUAAUACACACGUGCUUUAAAAAAAGUGAUAUGCUCUAGACUUGAGCAGAAAGGUGCAGUUGUGCUUGUUAGAACUGAAACCUGUUUGGACUUUGUUUAUUCUGUCCUCAGUGUGGAGGAUGAGUGUCGGGAGCCAUGCUGUUUUUACUGUGCAUAACCAAGGAUGGGUGAGACUGUUGAUUCAACUACCUCAGCUCUGCUAAGGCACAUUGGGGUAAAUCUCACAAACUCUCUCAGUCUUACUUACAAAAUGCUCAAAAAAUUGGGCCUCUAUACCAUGAGUGUGAUUGAUAUUCAGCAUUAUAUUCACACCAAGCUUUGAUGAUUAAACUGGAGAAUGAAGUUUAAACACUUCUAUUCUAGAUCUGAGCAUGUGGCUCCAAUUUUAGUGGGAAUGAAUGAAAGUAGUGUAUGAUUUCAAGAGAUUGGAGUUUUGGGAUUUUUGUUAGCAUUUUACCCCCCUUCAGAUAUUUCAAGUGACCACAUUAUAAAACACCCUAAGGUGGUAACGAGGCAGGGGAGGAUGGCAUGAAGUUGCAUUAAGUUUCAGACCACUGAGAGCCACAUUUAAAAUACCUCAGGCUAAUUACUGUUCACUUUGGGGGGCAGGAGUAGGUUUUGACAGGGUAUAGUAAUUGGAUUGUACUCCAAGGAAAGUUCUGCUGUUAAUAAAAUUUACAUUGAGGAAAAACAUUUGUUUUGAGGUGAUAGUUCUUUCUGUGAGAUUUUAGUAUUCCAGCUCUUAGAAUGUGAACACAUUCGAGAGCUAACAUCUUCCGGAGAGUUUUAACUACUGGAAAUCCUUAACCAAUUAUAUUUUAUUUUGAGAAUGAUUUGGAUGCUUUUUCUAGGAUGGUUUCUGCUAUUUUCUGUAAUCAUAGUUCAUCUAAAUACAGCCUAUUUUCUUGAACAUUGAAGUUUGUAACCUAAAGAUAGGAUCUCAUUUUCAGUGAACUUACAGACUAGCAGGCUUCCCUUCUGUAGGAAGUAGCUGUUGCCAAAGCGAAGAGCUAGCUGGCUCUUGUAUAAUGGGAAAGUGCCGUGUGGAGGGAGCUUCAGGGGUCAGUGUUUAUUAUGACAUCUGUCAGUCCCCAAAUGGUUCUAUUCUCUAGAAGUCUGAAAUAUGUAAUCUGAAAUCCUUAAUAAAAUUGGAUCUAAUUUUAUAAAA